UACAGGGUACAUAACCUCACAUAUUACCUUUGUUAUGAAAUAAGUGAGGAAUUAUUUAAAUACGACGACUUUGGGUGGGAUAAGGGAAGUGUUUGGGAGUUGUGGUACGCAUUCCGGUCUUGGCCUGAAUGUAAUGACGUCACAUUGGAAAAAGUGAAGAUGGCUGCCUUGGAUGACAGCCUUACACAUUUCGAGGGGCAAAAAUGGUCCUUAUGGGCCGAAAGACUUGGCUUGAGUAGUCCCGCAAGUGACUCUGAGGAUGAGGAAAGCACGAAAUCCGGGCGGGAACCAACGACGACUCGGCUUAAGAAAGAAGAGAUGCCGAUCUAUGGUUACUGUCCGCGCUGGGAAGACUUCUACCUUGUGGUCUGUGACGUAUGUGGACACGCCAUAAAGCCUCAGGCACUUAAGCAGCACAUAGAACUUCGACACGGUGGGGUGAUCUCCCCUGUCAAGUUGUCCGGAGGUACUCGAGCGUCUGUAUCUUCUGGCAGCAACAAAGUGGGCAAAGCUCGCAGCCGCUCCCACACCAACCCUGUGGUGAAGCUUGAGGGACGGAUUGACAGCGACACACUCGGAGGGGGCCAUUCAGCCCACAUCUCCGGGGAUCCAGGCACCAACGGCAGCAACAGCAAUAGCAGUUGCAGUAGUGCCAGCAUCAGUGUCAGCAGUGUCAGCAGCAGCAACAGAGUGGGGGGCUCUGCCGACUCUCCCGGCUGUGACCUCUUGCCUUCCCCUGCUGGCCUGUCCGUGGUUUCUCUCAAGACAGAGGUGACAGUGGAAGAGGACAUGGAUGGGGGGAUAGACCUUGUACCACCUCCCCAGUCCUUGCCUACAGCCCUGCCUCCCCCGGCCCCACCAGAGCCUCCCCACCACAGUCUGCCACACCCUCCCACACAUGCAGGGCCACCUUCCACCAUUGGUCCUCCCAGUAUAGGACCACCCAGUGUGGGGCCACCUAGCAUUGGUCCACACAGUGUGGGACCACCCAGUGUUGGGCCACCCAGUGUUGGGCCGCCCAGUGUGUCCUGCCCCAGCGUCCAGCACCAGGGGCUGGUGGCCAUGAGUGGUCCCUCACCUACCAUGGGAGGUGGCACAGUGGUAGGCAUCCCCUUGCUGGGUCAGAAUGCAUCCAGUGUUGAGGAGGAAGUCAAUAAAAUAUCAGCCAUGCUGCAGGCAGAGGCUGAGGCACUGACAGCCUCUCAAAACCUCUUACCCGGCCCCACCAUGGAGAUGGACCCUGGCCUGGUGGGGUCACACGACAUUGUGGAGGCACAGGGCCAGGCUGCUGGGAGUGUUACCACUGGUGGAGGGAGCCUAGGUGCCAGACAGGGCAUGCUGGUCAACUCACCAGCCAUGGGAUCAGUGCCAGUGCCCAUGAGUCACAUGUCCAUGGCCACACUGAACCAGAUUCAGGCUGACCUCCUGGCCACCGUCAGUGAGUCUGACCUCAAUGCGGUGCUCAAUGCCACGCCGGAAACCUCUGACCUCACACAGACAGUUCUUCCUGGCAAUUCUCAGUGCUACUUAAAUGAGAGCGGUGGUCUUGCCUAUGUUGAUCAGCCAACAGCCACUGUCAACCAUGGCACAUAUGUGGACCACACAGCAGAGCCCCCAGAGCUCAGCAUAGAGAAGGUGCUGCCACAGCGCUACAACAGUGAACAGCUGUCCAUGCCAGUGCUGGAGCAGAUCACCAAUGAAGUGCUGUCUGAAACCGACGCCUGUGGGCACAACCUAGAAGGGGUGGCAGUGGCGGCAGCAGCAGCGGCAGACCCUCAAGGGCAGUACACCACACAGUCUGACCUUAUUGAAGUACCUGUUGAGUCAUUUAGUUUUGAUGAAAUAGAAAAGAUAUCGUCUCAGUGCGACGAACUUACCAAUGCAGUGAAUUCCAUUACCCAGCUGUGUCAGAGCGGGAACACUGGGCUGGAGUCCCAGUUAGCUGGACUCUUGCAACAGCCAGCUACCACACCAACUCCAUCUUCAUCUCUAAGUGUGACUGCUGCUCCCCCAACCCCCUCCCCAGUCCCUGCUCCAACCACAGCCUCACACACAGUGGCCACCACCCUAGGCACCUCCAGCCAGGCCAUCACCGUAGUGCUUGGAGCUGGUGCACAGGCAGCUGUCAGCACCACUGCCUCCCAGCCUUCUAUAUCCAUGCCCACCCUGGCUGCCACCUUGAAGAACCCGGUGGUGACCUCAGGUGGAUCACAGUUGGUGUCCCCAGGGCCUGCCACCUCCUCCUCCCAAGCCCACACCCCCUCCCAUACCCCAACACACACUCCAGCACACACACCAACACAUACCCCCAGUCAACACACCACCACCUCGUCCUCCUCAUCCUCAUCCUCGUCUUCAUCCUCAUCCUCAUCAUCCUCUUCCUCCUCCUCUGGGUCUUCCGCCCUCACCCCAGCUCCUCCCACUCCCUCACCCAAAAAGUCAAGCAAAAAGAAAAAGCCAGGGGAGCGGAAACUGCUGCCCCUGAAGGACCGGGAGUAUGAUGCCGAGGUGCACUGUGGUGUGGUGGUGGCGGAGACUGGGAAGCCGUGCACUCGCUCUCUCACCUGCAAGGCACACUCCCUCUCCCUCCGCCGUGCUGUCCCUGGACGCUCCAAAAAGUUUGAUGAUCUCCUUCUGGAGCACCGGGCGGCCAAGGAGGCACAGAGCAAAGCUGCCAAGCCUCCAGACUCUGCUACAGGGCUUAUCCAGGGCACGCCGCCGCGGGGGCCGGCCAUGGCCACCACUGGUAGUGGAGGAAUGGUAGGAGGGCCGGCGGCCACCUCUCCUCUCCUGGUUAAAUCAUUGGGGGGCAACGCGACCACUUUAGUGUCUCCGGGUGACCCUUCUCCCAACCCCCCCAUACACCACCCCAUGGAUCCCCCCACCACCCCAUCGCACCCUGCGCCCCCCUCACCUGCAUAUUGGCCGCCCACCUCUAGGAUUCCUCCGGCCCUGGUACCUGCAGAUAAUUUUUAUGUCCGAGAGCCGCCCAAGCCUCUUGCUACAUGUACGUACAACUGCAGAAGGCUCGGUGGUUACCUGGCAACGGACCACCAAGCUGAUGUGUUGCGGAGUGCAUUCAGCAUUGCCCUCAAGAAACCCCACCCAGGUGCGGUGCUGGCCGACCCCGCCCUGGGCAGCACCCUGGGCUCAGGCGGGGCACAGGAACGCUUUGUGAGUGUCAAGCCCCUGCUGGCCAAGAAGUUGCUGACAGUGCCCUCAGGGUCGGGGACCAAGGAGGGCAUCAGUGUCAGCACUGGGUACAAUGGACACAUACACGUGGGGAACACCAUGGGCAUUGUGAACAGCAAUGCAGUGGCGGCAGCAGCAGCAGCGGCAGCCAACCUCAAGCGGCCGCCGGCGCAAAGUGAGGCGCUCAAAAACAGUGCUGCUCCGACCCCCAGUGCCAAAAAUAAGAACAAGAAGGUGAAGACAAACGAUGGUGCUAUAAAUAUUGUGGGCAACGUUCUGCAGCUCGAUGCCAGUGGGAACAAGAGCCACAUCCCAGUGGUGAUGAGUCUGCAGAACGGCCUCUCCAACAAUCAGACCAUAACGCUGAGUAAUGUGGCCAUUGCGGGCAUGAGGAACUCCACCACACAGCCUAUAAGGAUAAACCCCUCCUCUGCCGCCACCUUUGGGAGGGCAGAUGCCACGGCCACGGACUCGCGUCCCGGCAGCAGUGACGGACAGAACAUAUUCUUGGGGGCGGGCAUCCCCAGCGGCAUUGUGAUAUCGGAUGCCCUGGCCAAGUCAAUCAAAAGUGACAGUUCUGGGAGCAUCCGAUUAGAACUCCACAGCAAUGCAUUUGGUGAUGCGUCGAGACUGGUGACUAACACGGGCAAGGUAGGGAGCAGCAGUGUCACGAAUCUGGUGGGCUCGGGCAUUGCUGGCACUGGUGGGGGUGGCGGUGGUGGUGGUACUGUGGGCAGUGUGAGCAGCAGCAGUACAGGCGGCCUCACCUACCUCACCUCAACCAUGGGCGGGGGAGGAAGCCCCGGCCUCACCAUCCAUCAAGUACAACAGGUUAUCAGUAAGCUACAAGUGCAGGGUAAAGGGAGUGGAGGGUCAGUAGGUGGGGCUGGUGGAGCCCUGUCCCUGAAGCUGCUCGGACCCAGCCAGGCCGGAGUGACGGGGGCGAGGUCGACCUUUGUGCUACAGCAUGAGAAGGAGCCUUCCUGACCUCCUGGGACAGGGGGUCAGCCCUCUUCAGCCCUGCCCAUAAGUCUCUCACCUGGGGCAACAGAAGGGUUCCAGGGGGCUCCGACACAGCCCUCUGCCCUGCCCCAGGUGGCGACCGUUGCCGUGCCCUUCUGGAGCAAUAGGCCCGUGUGCCACAACAAUAACAACAACAACUAUGUCAAAGUUCGUCCAGCUGGUGUCUGGCCCCCCACGUCAGGCGGGACUGUGCGAGUGUCCCAGGUAGAACCUUUGGCCAAAUCCAGCACAGCCCUGGCCAGCAGUGGGGCCAGCGUGGCCAUGACUGGAGUGACGGACCUUGGUAACAUGAUGCCCCCAGUGGCCACAUCCAAUGCUCAGGUUCUGGUACCCAGUGAUACCCCACUCCUAACCCAGGACGGACCAUUGUACAACAGUGGCACAAAGAGCCCGUCUCUGUUAUGUGUAGUUCUUGACGAUUGAGGGGCCACGUCUUCUGGUUGUAUAUUCAAACUCACUACAUAAUUUGUAAUGACGUAGGCAGUGUUGCUCCCGUGUGCAGUGAUAUUGUAAGACAAUAUCUGUUCUUGUGUGAUAUUUAGCUCCUCACUAGUGUGCUCUAGUGAACCAUGACAAAAAUGGAGAUGAAUAGAGGCAAUAGUGCAGUUACAUUAGCAGGCCCUCCUAUACGCUUAAAUUUUGUCUCUUGUGUGAUACAAGUGCAUGCUGAAGAGACUUUUCCUCUUUUUUAUCUUUUUUUUCUUUUUUGUAUUUAUCUGUGAUGUUUUGUACUCUGGUGAGCUCCUGUGGCCAGACUGGGUGGGGCUGGGGCGCCCUGCCUCCCAAGCAGCUCACGUGUUGGUGCUCGGGGCCGACGACACCCUCACACAGUUCACACUUGGAAAGUUCUUAUGUUUUUCAAGUACUGGGUGGUUCUUAUGCCACAUCAUGUAAUAUAAUGUUCUAGUCUUGUUUGUUACUUGUUUUCUACUUGUAUCAAUGCUUUUUUUGCCCUCCCCCAUAAUUAUCAUUAUUUUUUAUCCCUUCUUUUCAUACACACUGCCAUCCUUGCCAUCCAAUCUUUCCUACAGAAUACUUGUUAAAAUUGUUGAUGGUGGUCUGCACACAAACAUUCCCCAGACAAGUGGUUCCCAGCCACUUGUGUGUCAAUCUUUUCAACACAGGUUCAUCACAUGUAGUAAAAUUUACCCUCCGUACUUACGACCACUGUGGGUCUCAUAGUCAUGACUGAUCUUCACUGACUUUUGUUAUGUACUACACAUCCUUUCUCCUCUGUCAAAACCAUUGUGCAAUGUCCCUUGAUUUCAUGCAUAUUACACUCACAUUAUCAAAGCUUUCAUCUGAAGAUGCUUCGUAGUGAACAGAAGCAAGACCAUGUCCUCGUUUAUUUAUAUGGAAUUUGUAAUAUUUUAUUAGUCAUAAAUAUUAACUACUUUUAGCUUGCUACAUAGAUUCUUUUAAUAGAAAUUAAUUUAAAAGGACACUCUACAAUGUACGUAAAUCCUGAACUGUUGACACUGGUGCAGGGAGACCAAGAGGAGAGAAACCCUCACCCUUGGCAAUGUUGAUGUGUGUGUGUGUGUGUGUGUGUGUGUGUGUGUGUGUGUGUGUGUGUGUGUGUGUGUGUGUGUGUGUGUGUGUGUGUGUGUGUGUAUGUGUGUGUGUGUGUGUCAGCUUCCUGAGGCUGCUGAGGGAUGUACACAGGGAACCAGAAAUAACAGGGAGUAAAUCUCAGGGAAAUGCUCUUUACUUGUAAUUCAUGGGAAAUUUUUGGUCAAAAUUUCCUCUAUGAAGAAGUUUAGGCAAAAUUUUGGUACAUUUAACACAACAUUGAAUGUCACUGCCACCAUUUAUUACAUUUACAUAGAACUUGAAAUGUCAUUCCUUAUUCUUACCAAUUCAAGUUUUUUUUUUUUUUUCUCCCUCCCUCUCCAUGUGUCCAUAUCCACACACACACACACACACACACACACACACACACACACACACACACACACACACACACACACACACACACACACACACACACACACACACACACACACACACACACACACACACACACACACACACACACACACACACACACUGAUCAGCUCUCAGCAGCUAUAGGAAGCUUUCAAACUCACUCAUUUUACAGUGCCUGUGAUGUGGGUUUCUCACUGUGCUGACCUCCCCUGCACUAUACAAUGUGCACUGUUCACCUUUACUAUUACUGCACAUGUAGUUGGGCAUGAGCAGCUGCCAUCAGUAGAGUUGUAAUCAUUCCACGACAAUGGUACACAAUAAGACAUUCAGCUGGUGCAAUGUGGGGUAGCUCAGGUGGCAGCAAUGAGACAGGAGCAGGUCAGCAGGAGGCUGCAAGUAAGGAAGUCAGUCACUCAUUCAGUACACAUAGCAAAAAUGCACUUGUCCUGUUGUAGUGAGGGAGAACUAGUAAGAUGUUGACUUGUGUAAUAAUAGUAUUGCAGUUUUCACACAUUUGUCAUGGUGGGGGUACUAGUAGUGUUCAGUCUACAUUUUUGAAAGCCACCACACUGGCCUGCUUAUUUCUAGAGAUUGCAUACCUGUGUUUUCCCCAUUUGUGUAGUUUGAUUCCCAUGUUUGUUCUGAUAAUUUUUAGCAGAUUUUUGCAUCAUCGUCAGUGCUAAACGGUUUUAAUUCUUCCUUCAUAGCUCUAUUGAUUUUCCUUCUAUCUCCACUCACUUCAUAAUGUUGGCUCAGGGACCAAAAUAUAUGACAGUUGUUUGCUGGACCGCCACCCCUUCAACCUAAUGCUCUGCACACUGAUCUUGUGCUCUUGAAUUGUUCAUGAAGCCAUCAUACAACUCACAGCUACAGUGAGCAAAGGAAAGGUGUUCCAAGCCAAGCUGUCUCAGUGUUUAGAUCAAAGACUAACUCUUUAUGCAACCUCGUUCAGAUCCAGAUAGACUUGUGAUUCAUACAACUUGUGGUCAAGUUCAAGUACCUGCACGUCUUGUCUUUUUGAUGUUGGGCCUUCAAGCAAGGGUGUGCCAGCAGGUUUGCAAGUACCUAAAGUGUUGCAGGAUGUUACUACAAUAUUUAAAUGGCAAUGUUUUAAUUUGAGAGUAAUAUAAUUGUGGUUGUAGUUAGUCUUCUGUUUUGCAAAGCAAUUUGAAAUUUUUAGUAAUUUACAUAACUUAAAUAUUGUGCACUGUGUGUUCUCUGUGUCAUAGUAUUUCCAGUACCUUUCAUAAAGGUUCUGUAUGGUGAAAGUAAUAACUAGGAUAAGCUGGAUCCCAUUUACUAGAGACAGAGGAAGUUUUGGUUGUGUUCAAGGCAGUGAGACAGAUGUGUUGUUGUGCUUUUAUGUUUAGAAUCUCAGUGUAGAGGACCAAGGUGGUGUCUACUGCACUUAACAGAAGAGGCACUGUCUCUUUGGAAAAAAAGUGUCCAAACUCUCUAGUUAUUAUAUAUUUUUGUUGUGGUAAUGAGAGAGCGCUACCUGACAUAUUAUCUAGUAUAGGAUGUGUAAGCCAAGGCAUUUUAUCUUGAUUACCUAAUAUGACACAACCAGUUGCAGAUUGCAUGUGAUUGUGUUAAGAUUUUGAAAAUUGCCGUUGUCUGCUGGGCAAUAAUUGACCUUUCUGGACUGAUAAUUUUGAUUGAUUUGAAUCUCAUUAAUCCAUGGUCCUCAUUAUAUGACAAUCACCUCUUUAGUUAUGUUUAUUUCUUGUACUUUAUUACUGAACAUAUUCCAACUUUUAAAAAUUCACAAAAACAUUUUAAUUCUGACUUAUUACUAUGCUUAGAUUUCUUGUACUUUCUUACUGAACAUAUUCCAACUUUUAAAAAUUCACAAAAACAUUUUAAUUCUGACUUAUUACUAUGCUUAGAGUUCAAAAUGUGUUAGGAACAGGCAUGCAAUAUUGGUAGGAUACAUACAGACAGCACUGAGGUGUUAUGGUAAGCAUGGGAUUGUCUUGUUUGUGUGACAGCCCCACAAGUGUAGUCAUCCAGGCAUCCCACCACCACCCAGUGAGCGAGCCAGCCACACACAGACCAGCUGAUACAGAGUCACGCAGAGUAGCAAGGUGAACACCAUAUUCCUCACCUCAUAAUGUGCUUGUUGGGAAUAGAUUCACAGUAACAAGUUGAGAGUCUUGAAGUGUAGUUUAUAUAUUUUUUACAUUUCAAGCCAUGAUUACUUUACAAGUUGAAUUGCCAAGUCUUGGUUUUUAUUACUGACUUUUCACGAGUUUUCUUGCGAUGAGCGAAGUUGAUGUAUGUUAGCCAUGUUUGAUACUGGUGAUCAGAUUUUUAGCUAGUGAGUGAUGUUUGUCUUAUGUAUUUCUGUAUUAUUCUGGUCUGCUAAAUGUUAACAUCUGCCUACACGUGUUGUUUCCUGCACACUGGUGGCCGGCGUACAGUUCCUUCAGCAAGUUUUUACACAUUUUUGUACUUUGGCAAGUCUGGAGAGAUUCACAUGCAUUCUCACACACACACACACACACACACACACACACACACACAUGCACAUGCACGCACACUCACACUCACACGCACACACACACACACACACACACAUACAGUAUUCAGUACACAUACAUAUACAAGCAUGUACAUAACAAAACAGCAGCCAGUCUCAUUUUUAAAAGUUUUCAUGUCAGACUAACUAAUCCACCUCAGUACUUUACCAACCCUUUCAUCCACAGUGAGUAGAAUCAUAGACAAGGUACAAAACGUAACACUGGCUAACUUUGAACCUUCCUCCCCCCACCCCACCCUCCCCACAACUCCUCCUCCCGUCGGCAUCACUGCUUGGACAUCAUCUGUAUUACUGUCAUGCUCACGGGUCACGUCCCCAGUACAUCAUUUUCUUGGUGCUCAAAGUUGCCAGUCGUGUUACACUUCCAGUAUUAUCUACCACUUGUUCCAUCUCUUGCCACCUCUGUCUGUUUUUUAUCAUGGUAUGCAUCCAUCUCAUUAUUAUCAGUGUGGUGUUUAAAAAAAAAAAGAAGAGUGUUUUAUUCCUUGGACUUUUACCAUGUUAUGUCUCAACAAGGCUAAAUCUAUUCACUCUGCUACUUGUCCCUCUCCUGCCUGUGUGUCCUGGGCUCUCUUGCCUUUGUGUCAUCUGCAGCAAAUGUGUUAUUUACUCUUUCAGUAGUAAUUUAUCCCCAAAGUUAAGAUGUGUAAGAAUAUGCAAGUUUCUUUCAAGGUGUAUUGUAAAUCAGAUUUGUAAAAGCAGUCAUCACUGUUAUUUGUUUCAUAUGUGUGCAUACUUUGUUUUGCAGAGUUGAUGGAAUUACUUUUUAAACCCAGAUUUUAAUAUUAUGAAACUAUUUUGAUGAAAGGUGUAAGUCAUGAGGCAAUGUAUGAGAUGUUCAUCCCUAAUCAGAUUCUAUUUCUUCUUUCUGGUUUAAGAAUUUUGUGUUAGUGGUUAUUUCAGGCAGUGUUCCUCCAGAUUGCAACAUGAAGACAAAUGUAUGUGAUGAGAACCAGAACAAGUCAUCCCUUUGUCUGAGGUGGUGAAUAGCAUUGUUCUGUGUCUUAGGUGGUGAAUAGCAUUGUUUUGUUGCCGGCUCUGUGAACCUCCAGCAUCAGCCAGCUACUACCAAUACCACCACAACCACUACCACCAUCUCCCAUCACACUACCACUAUGUACAUUGUUGUGAAGGAGCCAGCCAAGGGUGAUGUUCAUGUUUACAUUCACUUCUUUUUGUUACUGAUUUAUUAUAUUAAUUUACAUACGAGUUUGAAGUCCAGCAUAGGGUGAUCUUAUAAUUUAAAAUAAUGAUCAAAGGAAAGUCCAGCAAACAGUAUUUUCUAAUUAUGUGUGUGUGAGUGUUCAUGAGUGUGUGUAUGUGAGUAAAUGAGUGAGUGAGUGUGUGAGCGUGUGGGUUUUAAACCUGUCUAUGCAUUUAUCUUUGUUUUUAGUAAUUAUUGAUAGCACGAAUCUUCAAUGAUAUUUUGUGCUUUAAAUUGCUAAGUACAGUAGUUAUCUUUGUAAAAAAUUUCUUCACUUAUUUAUUGAAAGCUCAAGAGGAGUUAGGAUGGGAGUGUUUCUGUCGUGUUUUGUUCUCUUUUAAGGUCUCAAAAUGAAAAGGCCCCAAGUUAAUAGGUUGUGUUAAAUUUAGCUUGAAUGUUUCGGGUUGCAGCUCUGCCGUAUUGGUAUCAGUUUCCUCAGGUAUUUAUUUAUAAUUUAGUGUUGCACUGCUGACUCCCCCACCACUGUCUGAAUGAAGCCAGCAUGCCUCCCCUUGUACAGUGAUGCCCCCCCAUUGAAUUUAUUUAUGCCUUGGUCGUUCACUACUUCAUGAAUCUGUAAUAUAUACUUUUUUUAGCUUUUUAAGCUUUUUUAAGCAGAGAGGUUCAUGGUGUGGAGCAAGGUUAUUUUUUGUUUAAGCAGAUUACUUGAGAAGGGUUUGAGCUGGCUCCUAUUAUUAUAUCCAUAUAUCUAUAUCAAGGUAUGCGACACACACACACAUUUUUGACCUUUUCAGUUGUCAGCUGCCUAAAUCUAUUUCUUAAUUCCUUAUCUGACAAUUAUUGUUUGUUAUCAGUACUCAUUGCCUUUGUGAAUAAUCAAAGUGUAUACGACGACACUUUUGAAAGCAAGUUCAAAUUGUCCAGUUUUUUCUCCCAGUGCACCAGACAAGCCUGUUUUGUUGUUAGUAGCAGAUUGCACACAUGUGUUCCAAAGGGGACCUGAUCCCUGACCCCUCUCUCUCCCUCCCUGCUGAGUGGGGUCAGGGGGUAGUAGGGGAUAAGAUGCCUCAGUACACACUAUCCCCCACUACCUCUGCCUUCCCCUCCCCCCUUCUACUCCCCAUUCCCUAGGUGGAUGUCCCUUCUGGGCACAUUUUGUCCUCACACCAGGUACAAAAUUUUCCCAGCAUGUAGGAAGGAAGCAAUCAGCAGGUGUGUCUCUGUGUUGUCCCUAUGGUCUGAACGCACUGUGACAUGUUUGAUGUUGACAUACUGGGGAAAUUAUUGUUGUUAACCUGUAAGCAGUGGACUUGCCUGCCUCCUCCUCCUUGCCCUCAAAACAUCACCAGCAUGGCAAUUGUAUCGUUUUGUAUUCCAAAGGAGAAAUACUUAAUAGUCUAUUUAUGGAUACACAUCUUGUCAUUUUCCGACAACCACGACUUUUUGAAAAUGUUAAAAUUUGUUGUAAGGAGAUUAAAAAAUGCUUAAAAAAAUAUGAUAAUGACUAAUUGUACAUUACAGCCAUAGAAUAUUCCUCAUCACCAUCUGUGUUCAACAAAUGCAGUGCAGGGGUUCUGAGUAAGGGAGAAGUAACUGGCCAAGUGGAUGGAGAGGAUUGCAGUAUAACAUUGAUUCUGGACUGGUUCUCCUUCCCUUAUGUCACUUCUCCAGUUCCUCAGAACCACUGCCUUUGCAAUUUUUGGAAGAAGAGAGAGUUCAUCCUUCUGUCCUUUGCCUGUAUCUUGGUUCAUGUCUGAUUGGCAGGCCACUCUCUGUACGUAUUUGUGAUGCUGCUUCUACCACUCUUACUUUUGCUACCACCACCACCACUACUGCUGCUACUACUACUACUACUAUGUACUUCUACUACUGCUACUACUACUACUAUGUACUUCUACUACUACUAGUACUGCUACUACUACCACCACUACUACUACUGCUGCUGCUACUGCUACUACUACUUGUAUUCCUCCUUAGCUUUUUUCCUUCUCAUCCUCAUUGAACUCCAUAUAAUUAUAAUUUUUCCUUCUCCUCUAAGCUUACAUACAGUAAGCAAAAAAAUGGCUUUUCUCUUAAGUAGAAGAGGGGAGAGAAAAAGUGUAUUCCUCCUCCUCCUCCUCCUCCUCCUCCUCCUCCUCCUCCUCCUCCUCCUCCUCCUCCUCCUCCUCCUCCUCCUCCUCCUCCUCCUCCUCCUCCUCCUCCUCCUCCUCCUCCUCCUCCUCCUCCUCCUCCUCCUCCUCCUCCUCCUCGUGCUUCUCAACGUACAGUCUGCCAUAACUGAGUAGCAAUCUGUGACUAUAUAUUGCUUGUAAUAAUGUACAAUUUCGUGUUGUUGAGUACUUUUGACAUACAUAUUAUAAUCUACUCUUACUACAAUCACUUAAGAGCAGGAGAAGUGAGUGCGUUUGUGUGUGAAAGAGAUAGUGAAUGAGAGAAAUGAUGCAGUACCUUUUCUUCUUUCCUUUCUCUGUUAUUGGUAUUAGUUUUGUCAGUACUGCCUGUAAACCUCCCAGUCUUCGGCAGCGUCCUUAUGUAUGUCUGUCUUGUGUCUCUUAUUUUUAAUGCAGUUAUAUAUUUUCUCUUUCCGUCUCGUUUGAGUGGAAGGCAAAGCGAGGCGGGAGUGGAAUGUGUGGCCGGGGACUUUGAGGUUUGCUUUACCUUCUUUCCUCCUCCUCUAUCUUAUGGGUCUUCAGGUGACUUGGAGAGACUUCAGGUAUUCCCUCACUCAUUACCUAUUUUGUGGGACGAACAUGUUUUUAUCAGCAACCCGCCUGACACCUAACCAAAAUGACCUUCCUCCUCCCCCUCUCCCCCCAAACUGUCAGUACCUUUACUACGAAAAGGAACAAAAAAUGCGAUGUGUAAGAAUAUAAAAAAAAAAAAGCAAGAAAAAAAUAUAGAAAUAAUUGUAUUAAAUGCUCAGAAACCAAUCUCAUUAACAGUGUGUAUGGUUGUAAAUUAUUGUAAAUGAAUUAAAUAAUUUAUAAAAUAAACUGAUUCUCAUUUC